CUUCAUUUCAUCUGAAUUAUGAAAAACCUACAAUAUUCAAAAUGGUUAUUCAAUUUCUCUUAUAUUUCCAAUACAUUAAAUCUACUCUUAUUGACUUUCAAAAUUUCCAUUUAACAAUGAUUCUUAGAGGUUUGCCAUUACAAAUUUUAGAAAAAAAUCAAUGGAAGAUAGAGAACCAAAGGAGGGGAAGAAAUUUGUGUUAGAUGCUGAUUUGAAUGCCCCUACAGUAGAAAGAAUGGAUAUUAACUUGAAUACUUCUCUGGAAGAAGGAAUUGACAUUAACUUGAAUGCCCCAGCUCGUCGUGAAUUGAAUAUCGACUUGAACAUCCCUGCUGAUCGUGGAAUGAAUAUUGACUUCAAUGCUCCCACUUGAUUGGAUAUCAACUUGAAUGCUCCUGCAGAUCUUGGAUUUGAUCUAAACAAAAAUGCAAUACCACAAGUUUUUGUAAAGGAAAAAUUGCAGCAGGUAUGUGAAGAUAUGCUAAAAAUUUUGUUUCCAUACUAUUUUUAAGUAAUCACUCUUGCAAUAUGGAGAAAGGGGAUAGAUUAGGAAAUUGGAAACAAAGGAUAGAGGCAGAGAAUUUUCCAUUGUAAGGGGUUCUAACCUCUGGGUUUUUGGUCUAGCUUUUUCGAAAUCUUGCUAGUGGUAGAGAAAAAAAAAAGUAACUCUAUUGGAGAUGGAGGGUAGAACCAAUCUCUAUCAUAUUCCUAGUUCAGAAAUUGAAUAAAAGUUUUUAUUCUUU